AUGGCGCCGCACGGAGUCAAGUUAGACACCCUCAAGCAGUGUCUCGAGUUCCUGCAGUGGUUGCAUAAAGAUAGUGGUAAGCAAGGGGAGGUGGCCAGUGAGCUGUUCAAACGCAUCAAUCCAUAUUACACUACCAACUAUCUUAAUGUGCGGGACGUUAAAGAGGGCUUGUCCAAAUUCCUCUCCGCCGUGUCAGAGUUCUAUACGAGGUUAAGCAAAGACCCAGCACCCGGAAACUAUAACAACAGGAGCGCGGACCAAAUAUGCAACGACCUCCUUGACUGUGUCCCUAAAUUCCUCGCUGCCAUAUACUUUUUGGAGUACUGCAUCAAUAAUACCUUCAAAUCGCUGGGCGGCGGUGGUUGGGAAAAAGAUAGGCCAGGAUAUGAGAAGCAUUGGAGGUCCUAUGCUUCAAGCGGUGGUCACCUGCAGGAAUACCUCAGAGCAACAGUCGACGAAGAAAAGUACAGCCAAAUCCCCGGCUUGCUACCCGGUGGGUUCGGUAAAGACGAGGUGGGCUAUAAGUGGUAUGUAUGGGACAGUGGCUAUUCCCAAGGAACUGAAAUGUAUGUGGAUCUUGCAAAGAUUGUGGACAAAACAAAUUACAACUAUUUUCGCAGCGUUUUCGUCACCUCAGCUGUUGCAGACACUGGCACCCAGAUUCCGAACACCGCGAACGCUCUCUCGUUGGUUAGAACCCUUUGCGACAUUGUUCUUGGGGAGCCAACUGAAGGAGGCGGAAGUCUGAAAGUAGCGUUGGAACAUGGCCUUCAAAGGUUAGUGCCCCCAAAAUCCAUAUGCUGGAAGGACUUAAGAGAACAUUGCGUUCAGCUUAGGGGAAAACUCCACAAACUCUUCAACACUCCGAAACGCUUCGACUUCACAGGCCAGUCGACAGGUACCGACAACCUCAAUAAAGAUGAGUUGGCGAAGCACACAGCAGAUUGGUUGAGAGGGAAGCUGAUUUGGGUGCGGGGCAAUUUGGUGAAUAUUAAAACGGAUGCAUCUGCGACCAGUGAUCUUGGUGCGUACUUCACCCACAAUUUCUUCCCCUACGGAUUCACUUUUGAGAGCAAAACCCGCUUUGGAAUGUCGGACAAGGAUGUGCGGGCUUUGUUGGGGGAUCUGUCCAGUGUAAUCGAUGAGCUCCGUAAUUCCGGUGUCGGCGAUUUGGAUAGGCUUAAAGAGAUUUUGAAUGGUCAGAAUAAAAUACAGUGUCAAGAUCCCCCGCCUCCACCUACAAAGCCUGAGGCCCCGCCUGCCAAGGUUCCCGCAAAUCCCAAAGCCGAGGGAACUCCCAACCAGGGCAAGAAAGCGGAGGGAGCACAGAACCAGGGCAAGAAAAGUGAGGGAACUUCAACUUCACCUGUUUUAACCUCUACUGCUUCAACUCCGUCUUCCGGUGAUCAAGGAGCUUCAGGCCCGCGAGGGCCUACGAUGUUUCAUCAGGUUCCAGGUUCACCAAGUGUAAAGUCUGCUUCAGCUCCGCCUUCCGUUGGUACAGGAGUUCAAGUCCCGCCAGAGGCCACUCCUCCACCGGCUGCCUCCAGUCCAGCUGGAGACCCUGGCUCCGAUGGUCCGCCAGGUGUCCAGCAUAAGGGUUCACCGGGCACUGGCACAUCAGGUCCACAGCCUACUCCCCCUCAAGUCCCUGCGAUCACUCAGCGUCCGAGUGUUUCAGGUCCAGGCCCUGGGUCAACUGUCGAUCAGGGGAUUGGGCAAGAUGCUGGGAAAGUUGUUACUCAACUAAUAAGUCAACCCUCCGAUCACACUUCAAGUAGCGGCGCUACUGCGCCGGCUGACACGGCGCCUGGUGGAGGUGGGAGCGGAUGA